AUGCGAAAUCCGGCUUGGUUAGCUGUGCUUUUACUACGUUUCGGAUUUUCAGGAUGCUCGUCGCCGGAUUUGGAUUUUUUGACGGGGUUUUUCAGGGGAAAGCCGGCGGUGGUCACGAGCUACAACUGCUGGAGCAAAAGUAAAAACGUGGAGUUGGUGAAAAGCCUGGCGAACUCCCCCGACGUCCACUUCUCCGGCUACUACACCGCCCCUCGAGUCGACACUCUCAAAAAAUAUUCCAACAUCGACUACCUCGUUCUGGAUUUACGCAACUGCCUCCCUGCCAACCUCAUUCUUCUCCAGCUGAACCAAAGCAAUACGUUCGUCUACCCUUUGAAGUAUCUGCUCCUUAUUGAUAAACCCGACUUUUCGUCCCUUUCUGCAGAACUCGGUCAAUACCAAAUCCUGCCAAACUGCGAGCUUGUUAUUACAGUUUUUGACAACGACUCAGCUUUUUUGUACGAAACUUACAAAGUGGGGAAAAAGAGCGAAUUAACUUGGGAGAAUUAUGGAAAUUGGACGUUGGAAGGUGGUUUGCAUGAGCAUUAUUGGAACGUUCCGACGUCUCAGCGGCGAAUGGAUUUGAAAGGGGCUAAUUUAGUCGUGUGUCUUGUGGUAUUUGUCAACGAUACUUUGAAUCAUCUGGAUGAUUAUAAGGAUCCGGGGGUGGAUACGUUCACGAAGCAGGAUUACGAGUCGACGAUGUGUAUGCUGCAGCACAUGAGGGUUAAUCACACUUUUUCGAUUGUCGACAAUUACGGGUACGUGGAUGCGGAAAGUGGGAAUUUCAGCGGGCUGGUGAGGGAGAUCCAGUCCGGGAGGGCGGAUGUUUCAG